AUGGCAGACCAGUCACCACCGCUAACGGGCAUUCGCGUGCUCGAGUUCGCCGGCCUGGCACCAGGCCCCUUCGCAGGCAUGCUCCUCGCCGACUACGGCGCCACUGUCCUCCGCGUCGACCGCCCCUCCCCCGCGUCGCAUCCGACCUCUGAUCAGCUUACCCGCCGCAAAACCUCAAUAACAGUCAAUCUCAAAUCACCCGCUGCGAUCGCCCUCGUCAAGAAACUCCUCCCAGAAAUCGACGUCGUGAUAGAUCCCUUCCGGCCUGGUGUCCUGGAAAAACUCGGCCUGUCUCCCCAAGAUGUCAUGAUGAAGAUAAAUCCCAAGUUGAUCGUGGGGCGGAUGACGGGCUUCCGGCGAGACGGGAAAUACAGCAUGAUGGCGGGCCACGAUAUAAACUACAUUGCUGUAAGUGGGGUGCUGAGCUUGUUUGGGCGGAAGGGGGAGAAGCCGUAUCCACCAGGGAAUGUGGUUGGGGACUUUGCGGGCGGAGGCGCAAUGUGUUUUCUGGGGAUAUUGUUGGCGUUGUUAGCGAGAGAGAGGAGUGGGCAGGGGCAGGUGGUCGAGGCGAAUAUGGUGGAUGGGAGUGCGGUGUUGGCGACGAUGCCGCGGCUGGGACUUAAGACUGAGGUGUGGAAGAGGGAGAGGGGGACGAACAUGCUGGAUGGUGGGGCACCAUAUUAUGAUACGUAUGAAACCAAGGAUGGGAGGUACAUGGCUGUUGGUGCGAUCGAACCGCAGUUCUACGCUGCGCUGCUUCAGGGCCUUGGUCUCAAACCCUCGGAUCUGCCAGGCGAUCGCGAUAACAAAGCGGACUGGGCGAAGCUCACAGGCUUCUUCACCGAAGUAUUCAAGAAGAAGACGCGCGCUGAGUGGGAGGCCAUCUUCGACGGCACAGACGCGUGCUGUACCCCUGUUUACACGAAUGCAGAGCUAGAAGCGCAAGGCUUCGACCAGAGACCCGCAGUCACACUCACAUCAACGCCUGGUUAUGCCAUACAAGAAGGAGAGUCAGAGCGACCAGCCGCUGUUGGGCAAGGCAUAGGCGUCGAGGGUAGCGGUUGGGAUGAGAAGGGUCUAAUACCCGGAGCCGGCGGAGAAGAGACACUCGGGCGAUGGCUGGGCUGGACGAAAGGCCGGCAAUACGACAUCGAAAGCGGGGGUCUAGUGCUGAAAGACACAGCAAAACUCUAG